CGGUCCCGGAAGCGGAAGCGGAAGCGGGGCGUGCGGCGGCGGCCCGGUGUCGGCCGGAGCCGGGCCCGAGGCGGCACCGCCGCGAUGAGCGAGCCCGAGCUGCUGCUGGACUCCAACAUCCGGCUAUGGGUGGUGCUGCCCAUCGUCUUCAUCACCUUCUUCGUGGGCAUGAUCCGGCACUACGUGUCCAUCCUGCUGCAGAGCGACAAGCGCCUCACGCAGGAGCAGGUGUCCGACAGCCAAGUCCUGAUCCGGAGCAGAGUCCUUCGGGAAAAUGGAAAAUACAUUCCAAAGCAGUCUUUCCUGUCCCGGAAAUAUUUUUUUAAUAACCCCGAGGAUGGAUUUUUUAAGAAAACAAAAAGAAAGGUAGUGCCUCCUUCACCAAUGACAGAUCCUACCAUGUUGACAGAUAUGAUGAAAGGGAAUGUAACCAAUGUUCUGCCUAUGAUCCUCAUUGGUGGUUGGAUCAACAUGACAUUUUCAGGAUUUGUCACAACAAAGGUCCCAUUUCCUCUGACGCUGCGUUUUAAGCCUAUGUUGCAGCAGGGAAUUGAGCUGCUCACUUUAGAUGCAUCCUGGGUGAGCUCUGCUUCAUGGUACUUCUUGAAUGUGUUUGGACUCAGAAGCAUUUAUACUCUCAUCCUGGGCCAAGAUAACGGUAAGCCACUUGUCAUUUCUGGGAACUGGCKUCUCYUUCCAUGGGAUGUCUUCUGAG